CCCAAAUAUGUUGCGCCACACGAUCACGUGCAUUACUUUGCGGUCAUAAAUUUAUUGUUCUGCGCGACCUGAACAUCCUUUCUUGCCUUCGUGCUCUCCCUCCACCUCGCUCGAUUAUCCUAACGCUACCAUGUCCCACGAUGCGAGCAUGGAUUCGAGUCAUCGCUCUGCUGCACAGUCCGCCACAGGGAACAAAACACUGCCACAGGAGUCUCUAUCCGACCAGUCGUGCUCUUCUGUGCACAACACUUUGCUCAGCAACAAUGAGUCUGACACCCCACAGGUUCAUCCCAAAUCCAAUCCAGUUCAUCCUAUGGCAAGAUAUGAUCCAUACAUUCGAGCCGAUAUCAGCAGCCGCGUGUUCAUGCCUGCAGAUGAUUUUUUCACCCAAAUUCUCCAUCUUCCUCACGACUGGCACACUAAUAACGAGAUUCAAUCUCUUAUUGCGACCAUCAAAAAUGAUGCUACAUUCAGAACACACGUCAAGACCUACGUCGAACAAUGCAAUCCCAAGUCUGGGGAUAAGACUUCUCAUCCUGACGGGCUGAUGUUUGAUUGUGCGUUCGAUGUUCUAGGUGUCACUGAAAAGGACUGUGGACUGGGCCUUGAUGCGAAACCGGUCGACAGUGGCUCUCAAGAUAUCCCUGAUAGCUGGAGCGUUCUUCGUUCGAUGCUUAGUUCAGGAAACUUGUUUGAUGCUAUCCAGGAUAAUGGACCUGGGAAUAAAGUGUCGUGGGUUCAAAGUAUGCGUUGUCAGGAAUUCAAGCCCGAUGAGUGUUAUCUUGACGAAAGGAUCUGA